AUGUUAAGGUAAGUAAAAAGCCAAGCAGAAAGAGAUUUCCAGUAAAAAAUAAAUAUUGAAAAAAGUAGUGCUUUAAAAAAUUUCAAAUAUUUUAAGGUAUGCAAACCGAAUACAGAGCCUUUCGUAUUUUACAAAUUAUAUGAAUGUUCGUUUCAAGUCAGAUCGUCGUGUUUUGGUACCUGAUUAUUCUCUUCGAACAAAGCCUGGAAAGACGAUCAGUAUAGAAGUGGCAGAAUAUAGUGAUCUUGGCCUAAUAGAAAGCUACUGUAAAGAACACUUUGUUACCAAUGAACCUUUGUCUGUUUUUCAUGGUAAGCGUUACAAUUUUAAAAUUUUUUAUUAUUACUUUGAAUUUUUGUUUUUUAAUUUUAAAAAUUUGAAAAUAUAAAGUAAUUAUUAUAAAACAAAAAAAUUAAAUUUCAAAAAGUUUAGAAGUAGACCCGAUGAGAUUCUUCACCCAUUGCCUGACAUCAGUCGUAGAGUCUUGUGUCCGCUUUCCCUACACGACUUUGGCGUUCGAUUCAGGGAAGAUGAUUGGAUAUAACUUUGUUUGGCUCGAAGUCUGGGACAAAAACACGGAAGUCUUUCCCAUAGGCGGUUUGAAUGAUUUGGAACGGUGUAAGUUUGUUGUUUACCUUUUUUUGUAAAUUGUGUUCUAAAAUUAAGUUAUAUUUUUGCGUGAGAUGUUCUUGGAAUGUAUACAGUGGAACUCCGGUAUAAAGAAUUGCUGGGGAUUACAAAUUUGUUUGUUAUAAAGGUGUUUUAGGACAGAGGAGUUUGUUAUACAGGAGGUCCUACUGUAGUUUGUUUGGGUAAAAAGUUUUUGGAAUAUGUACGUAAAAAAUGGCAGUAAAACUUUUUUAUUCUACACAACUUUCAAAAAAAAUUUUUUUUUUAUUUCAAGUUGUAUAUUAGAUUGUUCAAAUAAUUAUGUACUUCCUAACUCCAAAAAAUUUGUCUGAAAGAGGCACUGAAUUAUUUAAACAACCUAGUAAUUUUAAAAAUUAAAAAAAUUUCUUUCAGUACGUCAAAAAUACACAAAGUUGUUGAAAUUGAACAAUGAUGAUCCAGAAAGUUACUUAUUGACCACAGUAAAUCAUGCAGCGUAUAUUACACCAAAUUUCUUGCCAGAAGGCGACAAACACAUCAUUGCGCAUGGAGAGAUGGGAUCUGUCAAUCGUGAGUAUAGGCAGUAAGUAUUUUAGCGUUUUUAUAUUGUUAGAUUGUUCAAAUAAUUUUGAGUCUCUAAACCUCGAAAAUUUGGUUUGAGAGGGGGUCAGAAUUAUUUUAACAAUUUAAUAUGUAUAGGUUGUAAAGCUAUAGUACUACUAUUUUAAAGUAACGUCAAGAUGUGGUAGUGAUAUUUCGUAACUUAUAUACAAUAUAUUUUUAUUAAAUGUCAAAAAAAUGUUAUAGUACUAUAAUAUAAUACGAUGCGCAAUGUUCAUGAUACAGUAAUCUUAUUUUAUUGUAAUUUUUUUAGUAAAAAAAUUAUAAAAAUUUCAAUUUUAGCAAUGGCGUUUUACUAGCGAUGAUAAUAGAAGGAGCAAAACAACUGGCACAGGAUAAGAUCGCUGAUUAUUAUUAUGCGACAGCUACGGCUGCAGCUACAGUACAUCUGAAUCCGACUUACGGACUAAAGGAAGUAUGGUCGAUGAAAUACAAAGAUAUAAAAUACGAUGGUAAAAACAUAUACGGAGAUGGUGUUUUACACGAUGGAAACGACAAAAUCACUAUUAAUUUGGGCAAAGUCAAGGAAAUGGCUAACUAUGACUAUGUUAAUGUAAAGAGGAAAUAA